UCAUCGACACUGAGAGGUGAAAUGGAGCAGAAAGGAGUUCAGUUGGACAGGGAAACCUUCUUCUGUUCCAUCUGUCUGGAUUUACUGAAGGAUCCUGUGGCUCUUCACUGUGGACACACUUAUUGCAUGAACUGUAUUAAAAGCCAUUGGGAUGGAGAAGACCAGGAGGGAAUCCACAGCUGCCCUCAGUGCAGGAAGACUUUCACACCGAGGCCUGUCCUGGAGAAAAACACCAUCCUAGCAAAGCUAGUGGAGCAGCUGAAGAAAACUGGACUCCAAGCUGCUCCAGCUGAUCACUGCUAUGCUUGGCCUGAAGAUGUAGCCUGUGAUGUCUGCACAGGGAGGAAGCUGAAAGCCUUGAAGUCCUGUCUGGUCUGUCUGGUUUCAUAUUGUGAGAAACACCUCCAACCUCACUAUGAUGUAGCUCAGUUCAAGAGACACACACUGGUCCACCCCUCCAAGAAGCUCCAGGAGAACAUCUGCUCUCAUCAUGAUGAAGUGAUGAAGAUUUUCUGUCGUACUGAUCAGGAGAGUAUCUGUUAUCUCUGCACAAUGGAUGAACAUAAAGGCCAUGAAACAGUCCCAGCUGCAGCAGAAAGGACUGAGAAGCAGAAGGAGGUGGAAGUGAUGCUACAAGAAAUUCAGCAGAGAAUCCAGAAGAAUAAGAAAGAUGUGGAGCUACUUGUAAAUGAGGUGAAGGCCAUCAAUGGCUCUGCGGAUAAAACAGUGGAGGACAGUGAGGAGAUCUUUGGUGACAUGAUCCAUCUCAUCCAGAAAAGGAGCUUUGAAGUGAAGCAGCUGGUCAGAUCCCAGCAGGAAACUGAAGUGAGUCGAGUCAAAGAUGUUCAGGAGAAGCUAGAGCAGAAGACCACUGAGCUGGAGAGGAAAGGCUCCGAGCUGAAGCAGCUCUUAAACACAGAGGAUCACAACGAGUUUCUAAAGACCUACCACUCCCUGCUACCACCCAGUGAGUCUACACACUCAUCCAGCAUCAAGACUCGUACUCUGGGUUACUUUGAGGACGUAACAGCAGCUGUGUCAGAGACCAGAGAGGAACUACAAGAUAUUCUGAGAAAGACAUGGAGAAACAUCUCACUGGCAGUGACUGAAGUGGAUGUUUUACUGCCGCAACCAGAGCCAAAGACCAGAGAUGGAUUCCUGAAAUAUUCACGUAAAAUCACACUGGAUCCAAACACAGCCAACACGUUUCUGUUAUUAUCGGAAGAGAACAGAAAAGUAAUAUUAAUGAACCAACAACAGUCAUAUUGUGAUCAUCCAGACAGAUUCACAUUUUGGUUGCAGGUCCUGAGUAGAGAAGGUCUGAGUGGACGUUGUUACUGGGAGGUGGAGUGGAGAGGAGGAAGAGUUUACAUAGCAGUCGCAUACAAGAAUAUCAGCAGAGCAGGGAGAUCACAUGAAUGUUUGUUUGGAUUUAGUCACAAAUCUUGGGCAUUACGUUGUGACAUAAGCGAUUAUUUAUUUUCCCACAACAAUGUCCACACUGUGGUCUCAGGUCCUCCUUCCUCCAGAGUAGGAGUGUACCUGGAUCACAGAGCAGGUAUUCUGUCUUUCUACAGCAUCUCUGAAACCAUGACUCUCCUCCACAGAGUCCAGACCACAUUCACUCAGCCGCUCUACGCUGGACUUUGGCUCUUUGAUUAUGAAGACAACGCCGAGUUCAUUAAAUUGAAAUAGUCAGAAGUCACUUCAGGGACAGUUGGUUAAAAUGUGUCUUUUAGUCCCCGCUUGAUUUGCUCUCCAUUGUUGUUGCUGAGAUGUCAGGGUCAUUAAUGGUGGACUUUGUUUGGGUGACGCUCCUUCCCUGUGUUUGUUUAGCCACAGAGGCUCUCACUGUUCACCGUGAUUUUCAUGGUUUGUCCACAUGGACAUGUCAACUUCUCUAAAUCUGAAUGGCUCAUGAAUAUUUGUGUUCUUUUAUGUCUUCUUUGUCAGAGAUUUGGUUCUGAUUUUGGAAAGAAAGAAAGAAAUCUACAAUUACAUUUGAAUUUAUUGGUAUGGAGACCAGAUGUUGUUGACAUCGGUCAUUGUUUGAUUGUGCAUACACUGCCAGUCAACCUCACUGAACUGAAUGAGAAUGUGUCCAAACUUUUGAGUGUCAGUGUAGCUGAUAUUCUAAUGUAAGUCUGUAUAAGUCAAAGUAACUCACGAUAUGGAUGAAAUCACUCAACAAGAGUAAUUUCUCAGACUCUAUUGAUUUAAUGUGACACAAACUGAAGCUUUCCAUGAUGAAUAAACCUACUCAUUCAGUGAAUCAAUGGCCAUCACCUGUCUUUAUUUCAGGAUCUCAAACAAAUCCCAUGGAAAGAAAGUGGAGCUAAUACGAGAGUGUGGCUGAGGCAGUCUUCCUCUGGAAACACCACAAAGAUCAGAAUUCCUGCUCAACGAUUGUCAGUCGAUUAAAUGAGCAGACUUUCUGUCACUUGUUGCUUUUUGCCACCAAGAUUUAGUUUGUGCUUCUGACAUAAUACUGCAAAUAUUUCUCCAGCUAAAACAUAUUUUAUUGCAACUAUUUAGCAGCAACAUUCAGCUCAGUCAUACAGCUGAAAUUACACCACUUGGCCAGAUGGUGAAGCUAUAAGCUUAUUUAUUUGAUUUCCAGUCAUGAGACCAAAACCAAAAAGACCAAACUGAGCCUCAAGAAGUUUUUACAUCUCCUUUGUUCAGUCUGUGUUUCCUGCCAAAGCUUGAUUAUUGAUUCUUAAUCGAGUAGUUAAAGCAGAAUUUAAUCAUUUUAUUUUGCUGAUGUAAUUGAUCAAUCUUUUGUCACAUCUUAAUUCAGUUUUUCCAGCUUGAAACAAUUAUAUGACGAAUUAUCUGUCUGUCAUAAAAUGUGUCAAAAAGA